AUGUCGACGGGUGUCAAUAUUAUGCAAGACACCCUCAGCGGUCAAUCAUUGAAAUCUGCGGCUAAGAGAAAUGUCAAGAGAGCUGGAAAACGUUUGGCGGGUAAAGCUAUGGGAGGUGUGCGCAAGAAAAUGAAGGCAAAAGCGAAACAAAGAGGAGGUGCUCGCUUUCUACUCCCCGUCAGUAAUAUAACCGAUACAGGACCUAUUGAAUUCAACGUCGCUGGAACGGCCGAAGAGUAUGUCGAUCUUUCGCAAACCAUGCUACAAGUUUCUGUCAGAGUAUUGAAAGCAGACAAUACGCCUAUCACCGCCGAUGACCCCGUAGCACCCGUGAAUCUCUUCCUCCCUUCACUUUUUAGUCAGGUGGAUGUCAUGUUGAAUGAAAAACUGGUAUCACAACCCUCCAAUACAUACCCUUAUAGGGCAUUAAUGGAGACGUUACUACACUACAGCAAGGAGACAAAAGACUCGCAGCUUACGCAGCAGCUGUAUUACAAGGAUGAAGCGGGGAAAAUGGAGGUGGUAAAUCCUUUAUUGCAAGGAGAGCAUGGGAAUCAAGGACUCGCAAAAAGACACGGAUUCAUCGCUGAGAGCAGACUUCUUUCUAUGCUGGGACCCAUCUACGCAGACGCGUUCUUUCAAGAAAGAUUAUUAUUACCGGGGGUUGAUUUGAAACUCAAGUUGAAUCGUAGUAAAGACGCAUUUUGUCUUCUUUCUUCAAAAGCAAACGCGGACUACAAAGUAAAGAUCGAAUCUGCUGUCCUCUUCGUUCGCAGAGUCAAGACGAGCCCUUCCAUCAUGAUUACCCAUGCCAAGGCCUUGGAGAAAACAACUGCCAAAUAUCCACUCAACAAAGUGGAUGUACGCUCUUUCUCAAUUCCUACUGGAAACAUGUCCAUCAACCGAGACAACCUAUUUUUAGGACAACUACCGAACCGUAUCAUCAUCGGGUUAACUGACAACGACGCCUACAACGGUAGUUAUGCCAAAAACCCCUACAACUUUAAACAUCUGAAUAUCAACUAUAUAUCAGAGUGA